CGUUCAUCGCCGAAGCUCUUCGUUCAACGUGCUCAGCAUUCAUAUCCUUAUAAUUUUUUUUGAAAUUCUUGGGAACACUUGGGCUAGAGGUCACUCUACUAUCGAAAAGGUCCUUGGCUUUUUAGAUAUCAUCCUUUGUUUCCCGUUUCCUAGUUUCCUGUUUAUACAACUCUCCUCUUUUAUUCUGCCUACCUGCUCCAGAACAGAGCGUGGUCGUCCUUCGGAUAUCAAGGCCCUGUUGCCUAAUAACUAGCUCUUGAUCGAGAGGGCCUGGAUUCUGCUGUGUCCUUUCAACUUCUCUACACGACUUAUUGUCCUUUUUCCAGGACACAAUGUCCGAUCCUACUGCGACACCCGGUCCGAAGCCAAGUAGCAGUGUUAAGCUGGUUCUGCUUGGAGAGGCUGCUGUUGGAAAGUCCUCCCUCGUCCUUCGAUUCGUGAACAAUGACUUUCAAGAGAAUAAGGAGCCCACUAUCGGUGCUGCGUUCUUGACCCAGAAAUGCUCCCUCCCAACGCGCACAAUCAAGUUUGAGAUCUGGGAUACCGCGGGCCAGGAGCGGUUUGCUUCCCUCGCCCCGAUGUAUUACCGAAACGCACAGGCUGCCCUUGUUGUCUACGAUCUUACCAAACCUUCCUCCCUCACAAAAGCGAAGCAUUGGGUUGCCGAGCUCCAGCGACAAGCAAGCCCCGGUAUCGUCAUUGCAUUGGUCGGUAACAAGCUUGACCUGACGAAUGACGGUAAUGGUGAGGGUGCGGUAUCGGCCACGGACGCAACAGGCGUCGAUGGGUCGCCAGCAGCAGACGCUGAUGGUGGUGAUGAAGGUGAGAAUGAAGGAGAAGAUCAAACCGCGGCUGGCGAUGCAAGAAAGAUCUCUACACAGGAAGCCAGCUCAUAUGCAGACGACGAGGGCCUUCUAUUUUUUGAAACCAGCGCAAAGACGGGAGUAAACGUUGCGGAGGUUUUCACUGCCAUCGCCAAUGCCAUUCCGGAAACCAGCCUCAAGAGCUCAAGAGGAGCGGGAGCUGGCGCCGGUGCCGGUCACACUGCUUUGGGAGGUGGAAGACCAGGGGAAGAUACACGCGUCAAUCUCCGAGAUCGCGGGGCAGCUACGGCAAAGGAAGGUUGUGCUUGUUAAUGGGGCAUAACUUCUGUCUUUGCUUGUUAUUUUGCAUCGUGUGGUCACCUUGCUUUCGUCGCAUAUAUCAAUGGGAUUUCCUGGCAGCGCCUCUUCGUCUUUUCUUGUGAUAAUGGCGGGUAUUGUUACAGUUUGUCUUAUUAUAGCCCCUGUCUUGUUUAGUCAGGAUAGAAGAGCGAAUGACUUGAACGUUAUGUUCAUUCAUGAACAAUUCUUGUGAUUCUGCUCAUGAUAAUAUUGCGCUUCCUGCUUCUAUUCGUCUGAUAUUUUGUGGUCAAGACUUUCCAGUUAUGAAAAGAAGAGGGAACAACUACGUCAUCAAAUCAUGCCCUCCAUUCCAUUUUCAA